CAUCUGGUUAUCCGCCAUCGGGCUGCAACCAACCUGUGCAACGGUGCCAGAGCAUGGUCUUUUUGAUUGGGGGUCCUCUCAGCCAACCAACCACCUCUGCUUGCUGUCACUUUAAUAACCAUGCUACACUAAUCAUCUAAACACCCCCGAAGGGGAAACAAAAGGCUUUAUACACAUUCCAGCCUCCCCUUGUGCCCUGCUUGCUUCUACCCAGCAUUCAAAUAUCCAGUCGGGCAUCGCCGCCCCGCGAUUUCCCGUACUGCUUUCCUCUUGGGUCGUAUUAGCCUUCAAGAUGUUGUCAUCGGCAUUUUCGAGUCUCUCGCUCUUUCUCCUCGCCCUCAGUCCUGUCGCGGCAGUCUGGCCCGCGCCGCAGAAGUACAGCAACGGCAGCUCGGUCCUGUACCUGCACCAAAACAUCAAAGUCACCUACAAUGGCGAAUUUCUUCCGUACACCGCGGGAUAUGCGCCGCAGAAGUUGAGCAGCAAGGAGGUGGUCCAGGCGGGAGUGUCUCGCACGCUCUCCGCCAUCUUCGGCAGCAAAUUCGUGCCCUGGAAGCUGCACAAGCCCGGGUCCCAGUUCGAGCCCGACCUGCGGAAGGGCCAGAAAUGGCUGAACACGCUGCAGAUCGUGCAGACGGGAAAGGACCAGGCCAGCACCUUCAAGCCGCUGGCCGGCGAGGUUGACGAGUCGUACAACCUGACCGUGAGCGACAGCGGCGACGUCAAGCUGACGGCCGUCUCGUCGAUCGGCGUCCUCCGCGGGCUCGAGACCUUCAGCCAGCUCUUCUACCAGCACUCGGCCGGCCCCUUCUGGUACACGCCGUACGCGCCCGUGUCGAUCCAGGACGCGCCCAAGUUCCCGCACCGCGGCGUCAUGAUCGACACGGCCCGCAACUUCUUCCCCGUGCCCGACAUCCUGCGCACCAUCGACGCCAUGGCCUGGAACAAGCUCAACCGGCUGCACGUGCACGUGACCGACUCGCAGUCGUGGCCGCUCGUGAUCCCCUCGAUGCCCGAGCUGGCGGCCAAGGGCGCCUACCACCCGAGCCAGACCUACUCGCCCGAAGACGUGGCCACGAUCCAACAGUACGGCGCCGAGCGCGGCGUCGAGGUCUACUUCGAGAUCGACAUGCCGGGUCACAUCGGCGUCGUGUCGCUCUCUCACCCGGACCUCAUCGUGGCCUACGACCAGCUGCCGUACUACUGGUGGUGCAACGAGCCGCCGUGCGGCGCCUUCAAGCUCAACAGCACCGCCGUGGACGCCUUCGUCGAGAAGCUGUUCGACGACCUGCUGCCGCGCCUGGCGCCGUACGCGGCCUACUUCCACACGGGCGGCGACGAGCUCAACAAGAACGACUCGAUGCUCGACGACGGCGUCCGGUCCAACUCGUCCGAGGUGCUGCAGCCGCUGCUGCAGAAGUUCAUCGACGCGCAGCACGCGCGCGUGCGCAAGGCCGGCCUGACGCCCAUGACGUGGGAGGAGAUCCCGCUCGACUGGAACAUCACGCUCGGCAAGGACACGGUCGUGCAGUCGUGGCUCGGCGGCGACUCGGUCAAGAAGCUGACCGGCAUGGGCCUUCAGGUGAUCGACAGCGACUACAAUUUCUUGUACCUCGACUGCGGGCGCGGGCAGUGGAUCAACUUCGGCAACGGCGCGGCCUUCGACGUCGGCUACCCGUUCAACGACUGGUGCGGCCCGACCAAGAGCUGGCGGCUGAUCUACUCGCACGACCCGACGGCGAACCUGACGCCGGAAGAGGCGAAGCUGGUGCUGGGCGGCGAGGUGGCCGUCUGGAGCGAGACCAUCGACCCGGUCAACUUCGACUCGCUCGUGUGGCCGCGCGCCAGCGCCGCCGGCGAGGUGCUCUGGUCCGGCCGCACCGACGCAUCCGGCCAGAACCGCAGCCAGCUCGAGGCCGCCCCGCGCCUGAACGAGUUCCGCGAGAGGAUGGUGCUGCGCGGCGUCGGCGCGUCGCCCGUGCAGAUGACCUUCUGCACGCAGGGCUCGCCCGAGGAGUGCAAUUGGCCGGCGUGAGCGGUGCUAGACGAGGUGCCGUCUCUCUUUGGCUUUUUUUUUCCGCCAGUUUUCUUUUUCUCACUGCCUACUCUACGUCUGGCAUGGUUCGUUCGGCGUCAACAGUUCUGAAGGGGCUAGGCCCAAAAUGGCCGCUCGGUGUGUUUCCGGAAAGGGUGUGUCGACUCUCGGAGCACACCCGUAACGGUGGGUGGGGGAUAUCCGACGCCAUUGGCUUGGCCGCGCGGCGUAGACAGUCUAUCCGUAGAUAAUAUUCCAUACCUGUUCACCUCUUUUUCUCCCUUUUGUUCUGCUGCCAACGGCACGUCAAGCAACAAACAUCCCGUCCUCGUGUUUCUCCCUGCCGUGCCCCUGGCU